GACCCUGAAGUGUCCUUGGCUGGGUUGGGCUGGAACCCGUCUGUGAUCGACAGGCCUAUCUGCCAAUCAGAGGGGAGCUGGCUCUUAUCAGCUGCAAUGGGGCUACUAGGGUGGAAAUGGCUGUUGGGAAGCAACAGAGGCGAGGGGACCCCGCGGACACCACGGAGGGUCGAGACACAGUGAGGGGGGACUACGAGGCUCCGAGAAGGGCCAGGGGGCCUGCUUUGGAACGGGUCGGGGGAAUUCCUCCAACUACUGCCCCCCGCACAUUGCCACUCCCUUGGGAUCCGUUUUCGCGCAGCGCAGACGCAACCUGUGCGGAGUGGCCGGAGCCGGGUGGAGGCACCGGCAGCGCCUUCCCCGGGCGAAGGGAGGUGAGGUAGUCAGGCCUGCGCACUGCUUCCCCCUAGUGGGGAGAGCCUGCCACUUCUGUAGUCCUCGUCGGCAGGAUCAUUGCCACCUGAGCGCUAGGACCUGGCUUGGGGAUGGAUGGGGAGUCCCCUGUACUCCUGAAUUUGAGGACACAAAGCAAGGGAGAUCCCCGAGGAGGCGCGCACACACCCUUGGGAGGUUGUUGCUCACAUCUCUUUUCCCCUCUGUCUUGGUUCUGCCUUUAUAUGGUGGGGGCAGGAGAACCAACCUCGUGGGGCUACUGCAAUAACUGAGUUGUUGCCUGCAAAGUACUUACCAUCUUAAAAAGCACUCAGUAAGUGCUAUCCGCGAUUGAUCUAAGGGACAAGUAAAAGUGUGUAACCCUGUUCGCCCACCGCAUCCAUAAAUGUGCCUGCCAUGCAAAUAUAGAUUUUCACAGUCCCAGUUUUGUUUCACCAAGCUCGCCCAAGUCCCUUCUAUUUAUACAUUCUCGGGCUACUAUUGUAUUUACUUAUUUAGUUGUGGUGCUGGGCGUUUAACCCAAGACCCUGACCAUGCUAGGCAAGCACUGUGCCACCUAGCUGCCCUAAACCUCACUGCCCCUCAGCUUUAUAAAGGGGUAAAGGCAGGCUCUGUGGACCCAACCUCUCUGUGGCUUCAGGGGAUGGAGCAGUAGGGUCCUAGCUCCUAGCUCGUUCUUCUGUCACCUUGGAGUGCACCACUGGAAUGGCUCUUGGUGUGUGACAUCACAGAGCAACACCCCAUAAUAGCGACAGUGGAGUCAUGAAGCUGGGGCAAAGAGAAGCCAUGUGGGUAUGGCUGGCAGGACUCCACGUCGCAGAAACAGUGCCCAGGCCAGUGCGCACCAAGGCUAUGGUCCCAGGAACAGCAUCUCUACGCUUCAUAGAGAGACCUGACUUCUUUGAUUACCCAGACUCAGAUCAAGCCAGCCUCCUGGCUAUAGCCCAGUUUAUUGGAGAGAGACCCGUGCAGUUUGUCCACUCAGAUCCUGGCCCUGGGCUCUUCCAUCACAUCCUGGUGGGCAUCCUGGUGAUAGCCUUCCUUUACAUCCUCUUCCAGUUCUGCAUCCACAUGAGCUUCCAGAAAGGAGUCUAGAGAGCUGACAAGGGUCGUGGUGCAACCUGUGGGCCCGGAUCUGCCCUUCUUUCCCACUGAGAAAUAAAGUUUUUAACUUA